AUGAUUAUGCUUAAAUUGUCGAAUUGUGCAUUAGUUCCACUCUACGAAAAAGAGCAUGCGGGUGUUCCAUACGAAUGUGAUUUGUCGCCAAUGCGUGAUCUCUAUUAUCGACACGAAUUAUCGAAAAAGAAAGUGGCAAAUGAAAGAUGGAAAUGUGGAUUUUGUAAUAAAACAUUCUAUACUGAACAGUAUCUUGAUUUACAUUUUACAAAUCGUCAUAAUAAUACAUUAUUUAAGGGUGAAAAACCAGUUUGUUUAGCCGAUCUUUGUCAUAUAUUUCGCUGUGAUGUAUUACGUCAAACAUCUUCGAUAUUAUUUUCCAAUUCAUUAAUACAUAAAAAUCGACGAUUAAAUGAAAAACAGCUGUCUGUUUUAAGAUCAAAGUGUAUCUCAUUAUUAAAUCAAUGCGUUCCAAAAGAUUUACAAUAUGAUACGUUAAUGAAAUUACAAACUCAAAUGCGCCAAGCUGUAUGUAGUUAUUUGACAUUGGAUAGAUACAGUGAAUUACCACCAUACAAAAAAAGUUUAAUUAGUUUUACAAGUGUUUUUUGUUUGGUUAUUAUUAUUGGCAUGUGUCUUGUUACAUACGGUGUACUCACACAUUCCGAUUGGCUUUGUGAUGAAAAUCAGUUUAAUUCCUCGUUGCCUAAACAGAAAUCUCAAGUUGAAAGAUUACCAUCAAUCACACCAACAACUAUCAGUACUUCAAAUACUAUAGUUAGUACCAAAAUGCCGUCAAAUGUUCGCCAACGUGUACGGUUUAAAACCGAUAAUGAAGCAAAUCAUCAUCAUGAUCAUGCACACGAUCAUCAUCAUAAUUAA